AUGUAUUUAAAUAGAUCAAUUAUAAUUAUCUCCACAUUAUUUGUAUUAUUAUUAUUAUUAUCAUGGCAACCAAAUAAUGUUGUUCUGGCUAUUGAUUCAACAGAUAAUUCAACAACAUCUACUACUACAACUCCAACAACAACAACAACAACAUCAACAUCAACAACAUCAACAACAUCAACUUCAUCAUCUACAACAUCAAAUACCACAUCAACUACUACUACAGAUACUCCAACGACUUCAACAGAUAAUUCCACAACAACAACAACUACUACUACUACUACAACUCCAACAACAUCAAUAGAUAAUUCAACUACAUUAUCAACUACAUCAACAACUUCGUCAAACAUAACAACAUCUACAAAUUCAACAACAUCUACAACAUCGACAACAACAUCCACAACAUCCACAACAAGAUCCUGUUGUUCAAUUAAUUAUUUGACAAAUGAUUGUUUAAAUGCACCUAUUCCGAAUGGUGCAUGUACAACCAAAACAGAGUAUACCUCAGUAGUAUACCCAGGUACAAUUAUAUGUAAAUACUGCACUCCUUUCGCAUUUCAAACAACAUAUUCAGCAUUCACAAGUGGAACACCAUCGCCCUAUUCCUCAUCCUACACCUACACCUCAUAUUACACCUCAUAUUACACCACCUAUUUCACAACCUCCAACUCAAAUAAUCAAGAUGAUAAUAACGAGAAAGUCGAUCCAGUAACUUAUAUAGUUCCAAUAAUUGUUGGUUGUGUAAUAUUUAUAAUAGCAAUGAUUGUA